AUGAGCCCGCGCGAGAAGCUCGCGCGACGCAUCGCGCACGUCGUCGUCGCGAUCGUCGCGUGCUACACGAUGUACGUCCUCGGGCGGAUGCCCGUGUCCGAGCCCGACGACGUUCUCGCGCGCAGGUCGUGGCGAUCGCGGAUCUCGCGAUCGCCGCGCGGCGCGUCCGCGCUCGCGCCGUCGUCCUUGGAGCUGAAGCGCGCCGAGUGCGAGCGCCAGGGCAUGGACACGUGCCCGGUGUGCGGCGAGUGCGUGCGUCGGAGCGAGUGGGGCGAAGGGGAGCGCGCGCGGUGCCCGCACUGCGGCGCGACCGCGCGCGAGCGCGUCGCGGCGAUCGUGCAGCGCGAGCGGCUGUUCGAACCGGGCGUCCUCGAGGCGCGCGCGGGCGGCGGCGCCGCCGCCGGCGACGAGCGCUUCGUCGUCGCGUACUUCGAGCCGAACGAGGCGCUCGCGACGCGCAUGCGCGACGCGGGCGCGAGCGUGAUCGCGCUGGAGCUCGAGGGAGAGGGCGGGAGAGGAGGAAGAAGAUUAGGAGGAGGAGACGACGACGACGACGACGACGGAUCGCGAGGAGGCGCGCGACCGUCGCGAAAGGAGAGCGCCGACGCCGCCGACGCCGCCGCCGCCGCCGACGCCGCCGCCGACGCCGACGACGACGACGCCGGGCCCCUCAUCGCGGACCUGACCGGCCGCGGCGACUGCUUCCCCGCGAAUAAGAUGCGCCCGAACGAGUGCCUGCCGAUGUACUCCGGCGUCGCGGACGGCGUCGUGAUCCUCGACGAGCUCCAGCGACUGCGCGACGCGACGUUCGCCGUCGUGCAGCUCGGGCGCGUCGUUCGAGACGGCGGCUGGAUGCAGACGUCGGCGCCGUGCCGCGCGGGCGGGGGCGGGGGCGGGGGCGGGACGACGCGCUACGCGUGCGACGACUUCCGCGCGGAGAUGGAGGCGACGGGGCAUUUCGUGUGCGUCGACGGGAGAAGCGCGCUCGGGGGGGUCGACGACGCCGCGCUGAAAUGGUACGGGCUGUUUCCCUCGCGCGAUGGGACGGCCGCGCGCGUGGAUCAGCACUUCGUCUGCGAGCGCGUGGAUUUUUGA